UCAGUGAGAGUGUAGUUUGUGGCCAGGUUCGACGCUCCAGCAUUUUGGGUUAACUCUAUAAAUUUAAGCACAGUCACACUGUAUAACUCCUAGAUAUGUUUGUUCUCUGUUCUGAAAUUUUCAGGAAGAGAAUUUAGAGAAGUAUAAUGGCGCACUAUAAAUGGACGCUUAUGUUUUUCAUCAUCUUCCAGAUAAAGAGCGAGGGAUUGACUGACAAUUCUCUUCAAUCUGCCUGCAGUGUGACUUUAGAUCCGCAAUUCUGCAUGUCUACCUUGACGUCGUUUGAGGGGUCAUUGCAGGGAGGAUUCAAAGAUCUUGCAAGAAUUGCUCUUAAUGUGAGCAUUGCUGAAGUUCGAGAAGUUAUUGCGCUUAUUUCUCGAUUAGGUCAAGGGGCAUUCAAUGUAAAAGACCUCGUUGCGCUUCAAGAUUGCCAGGAGCUGUUGGAUAUAACGUUGGACACCUUAGAGAGAUCUAUGUCAAAGAUGACCAAUUCUAACAGCAAUUCUUGGGGUUGGAGGCAAUCAUUGGAUGUUCAGACUUGGCUAAGCGCUGCCAUAGCCAACCAAGCUACAUGUUUGGAAGGCUUUAAGGAGACUAGUGGAAGUCAACAAACAACGUUCACCAACAGUUUGCGUAAUGUGUCACGACUGCAGAGUAAUUCUCUGGCUCUGGUCAAGAAUAUACCUGUUGUGGGAAGACAUCAGAAACGACACUUGCUAUCUGAUCUGACAGGAGAGGGAGAAAAUAAUGAUGGAUUUCCCUUUUGGUUGUCUGCUGCGGAUCGGAGAAGACUUCUGCAAGAUGAUGGCAUUUUAUGUGAUGAUGUGGUGACUGUUGCAGGGGACGGUAGUGGGAAUCACACUACGAUUGCUGAAGCUUUAAAUGCUGCUCCAAACAAUAGCUUGGGGAGAUACGUUAUUUAUAUUAAGAAGGGGGUGUACCAGGAGUAUGUUGAAGUCCCAAGUUAUAAGACAAAUAUUAUGAUGGUCGGAGAGGGGAUAAGUGCCACCGUGAUAACUGGCAGGAGAAAUGUUGUAGAUGGAUGGACUACGUACCACUCUGCAACAGUCGCUGUGGUCGGAGUAGGCUUCUUGGCUCGCGGAAUUACAUUCGAAAACACAGCAGGACCAGAGAAACGUCAAGCCGUUGCUCUGAGAGUAGUCUCAGAUCUUUCAGCCUUCUACCGUUGCAGCUUCAUCGGCUACCAAGACACCCUUUACGUGCAUUCCUUCCGUCAAUUUUACAGGGAAUGCGACAUCUACGGUACCAUAGAUUUCAUAUGCGGAGAUGCCGCAGUGGUGAUCCAGUCCUGCAACAUCCUCGCCAGAAAACCCAUGGAAGGCCAAGACAAUAUAAUUACAGCCCAAGCCCGAAUCGAUCCAAAUGAAAACACAGGAAUUUCAAUUCAAUACUGCACAGUUGGUCCAGCGACAGAUCUGGCAUCAAAUAAGAGCUUGUUCCCAACAUAUCUGGGGAGGCCAUGGAGACAAUACGCUCGCACAGUUUAUAUCAAGUCAUACAUAGAUGAUGUGGUUUCUCCAGCCGGUUGGGCGGAAUGGAUGGGAGAUUUUGCUUUGAGUACGCUCUACUUUGGAGAAUAUCUCAACAAUGGACCGGGCGCAGGAACUUCAGAACGAGUUAAAUGGCCUGGUUAUCACGUUAUGAGCUUUUCUGAUGCACUGGUUUUUACUGUGGCUAAUUUGAUCGCGGGGGAUACAUGGCUAGAUUCCGUACCCUUCAUUGGCGGCAUAGCUUAGUACACACUAUCGUCUUCAAUUGUUUAUCUGCAUUAUGUGAUUAAUGUAUCUUCUCUGCUAAAAAUUCUUCAUAAGAAUUUAGAAAUAACAUAUAUUUGAUGGAGUCCGUGGGCAUGGCCCAGCUGCAAAUACAUUUUGGGAAUAAGCUCUUUCUCUUUUAAAUAUCUAUUUGUAUUUUAGUUUAGAAAUAUUGCACAUUCAUGCACUCAAGAGUCUAAAACCAGUCUGUCAUGACUUUGUACUCUACGGUUUGUGAUUGACAGGUAGAUUGUGCACAUUUCAGUACAAAUGUUGUGGUCCAGCUUGUAAACUUCCAAGAACAUCUUAGCUGUAUCAGAUUAAAUUUUACAUUUCACUGUCAAUCUAUAUUUGAUCGAGACCUGGAUUUAAAGA